AUGUUGCUUCAGUAUGAAGAUCAAGCUGGAUUUGAUACUGCUUAUCGCGUCAACCUCUGUGCUGAAUUUGAAGAUGCACUCAAGUUUGGCAGUUUUGUGGGAAAACUCACAAGGGUUGCUGGCUAUCAUCAGGUACAGCCUCCCGAUUGCGACUUAUCGCCAAAUACCACUUCUGACUAUGAGAAUGAAGAUGAUAUGAAUGAAUCCGACAUCCGUGAAAACAGCUUGAAUCAACAUCAGAUUUCCGAAUCGGGAUCCGAGAAAGAGAUGGAUCGCCCACUGAUCAAGUUUACGGAAGAACGUGCUUUACGGUACAGAUUCACCCAAGACUACUUUGAAGUGUAUCAUCCCGAAACUCGGACGCACUGGCGUUUUCUUCAUGCUCCAAUUCGCCAGCGUGAAUUUCAAAACAACCCGUAUGGUCGAGCCCCUAGAGCUAAUCGCAGUCGAUUCGUUCUUUUGAACGUCACUCUUCAGGCUAGUAAGACUGCGGCUCGUGCCGCACGUGCUGCUCAAUAUGUGGACGUAGGACCUUACAACACGACAGAAAGCGGUGGCGAGCCCGGAGACGAGCACGGAGACGAGCACGGAGACGAGCACGGAGACGAGCCCACAAUGGGUUGCUCAACUGAAGCUCUGAAUGAUGAGGGUCCAUUUGGUGUUCGUCUUUGUGAUGACAUGCUUAAUGUGUUCUGUGAUCGGAUUACAAGUUCGGUCGUGCGACAAAUACUGGACCUCUUCGGCCAUUUGGAUUGCCAGGAAGGCAGAAACGAGGUGUUUGCUGAGCACGUGUAUGACAUCGACCCACAGAUGGAUGGUUGGAGUUGUGGUUAUCGUUGCAUUGGCGUGAUACUUUAUCUUCUUCAAAAUCGUGAUCCAUCAAGUUCAUUAUACGACAUACGAACGAUCUACAACUUGUAUCAAUGGGUAAAUCAACCGGGUGAACAUUCUUGGGAAGAUAUCAUUUCAUUUCCAUAUCGGAGUAAGCGAUGUAAGACUGGUGCUCGCCCAGGAUUUUUAUGUUUAAAUGAAGAUGUGUUUGAAAGCAUACGAUACCAAGAGAUUGAAGAAGAAAAGAGAGCUGAUGCAAACGAAAUAUCUUCGCCGUCAACAGGCUCCGCUCUUUCAUGUUCAGCAUCACCUCUUCAUCCAAUUCAAGGAGCACACCUCGCCCGGGUUGCCGCUGUUCUUUGUGUCGCAAAGGGGAUGGCUCCCAGAAAAGGAAAAAUGAAUGUCGCAGUGGAUCCAAGGGGGAGCUUUUUGAAAAUGACCUACCCAGACACUCUGUUGUCGGAUGAUUUAAGCACCGAUCGUCUCUUCCCUCCAUCAAACAUUCAUCAUCAACAACGGGAACUGGGAAAACAGGCCACCGACAGCCGGUCAACUUCGCGUCGUUCCCGCUCUUCAACGUCUCGUCGUUCCUCUGCAAAGCGAACAGAAACCACUUGGCCUCGUAUCUUCAAUGCAAGCGAAAUGUCAUCGGCAACUACCUCUGGUCACUCUGAUGCGCAGUUGUGGGCACGCGGCAAUCACUCUUGUUUCGAUCUGAUGGAUGGUUAUCCCGAUUACAAGCAAAACUACGCAAAGAAGUCUCUUAAGAAGAACCGUCAAGUUGAUCAAAGCGAUUUUGAGGGCUUCAAGGAUGCAAUCAUCGAUGGAUAUGCUCAUCGUUUGGGUGAUGAUGCGCUCUUCCCACCGGCUCGUGUUGUUAGUGAGACUAGUCAGAGAGGCGGCAAAUGUUUGGUGAUGUCAUUGACGGAACUUCGC